GCUCGGACCAUCGCAGGAUUCGCUGCCUAACACUGCUGCCGCCGACGCCGAUACAACACACCAACACGCCCUGGCAUUCCUGAGGGGUCAUGCCGCUGCCAACGGCGAACAACGAGAUGAAGUUACCCAGCUGCUUCCGCAAACAUAACCUGGUAGAGACCCAGUUCGCCAACUUGGGCAAGUCCAAGCGCAGAAGUGGCUUCCGCCGUCUGGCCUACUGCAAGAUCGAAGGCACGAAGCGGCCGGGCAUCAUUUACGUGCCCGGCUACUUCUCCAGGAUGUAUAUUGCCAAAGCCAACGUUCUUGAGGAGUACUGCCUAAAGAACGGAUACUCGUUCAUAAAGUACGACCCGGAGGGCAUAGGCGAGUCGCGUACUGACUCGGAGGUGUCGUUCACCGAGUGGUACGAGGACGCCUGCUAUGUGGUGGAGCAUCUGACGGACGGACCGCAGAUACUGGUCGGCCCGAGUAACGGAGCGUGGAUGUCGCUCCUGCUGGCGGCCAAGUACCCAGGGCGCGUCCACAGCAUGGUGAUGCUAGCGCCCGCCGUCAACCACGGCCUAGACGACGACCUGUUUGAACGGCUCCUGCAAGCACUGGACAAAGAGACGGCUGAUCGCGUGAGGGCAGGCGAAACCAUACGAUUCGGCAGCAACUGGGGUGUGGAGGUCACUGCCUCGAAGCGCUUCCUGGCGGAGAUGAAGGAGUUCCGCAUCAACAUGAAAGAGCCGCUCGACGUCAAGUGUCCAGUCCGCAUCAUCCACGCUAUGCAGGACCAAUCCAUCCACUGGGAGAACUGCCUCCAGCUGCUGGACGCCGUUCCGCACGAGGACGUGCGCCUCUACCUGAAGAAGCGCGGCAACCACCGGCUGAUGGCCGAAGAGGACCUGCGCCUGGAGAUUGCUGUAGUGGAGGAACUGCUGACCCAGUUCCCGGCGCCCUCCGUGCCGGCCGCCAGCGUGUCGGCCAACGCACAUUUGCCGGCCCUGCCGCAGGCGUUGAUGGAUGGGCUGAUGAGCGAGAUGGGCAAGCGGCGCACGCUGGCAGGCCAGGGCCGCGGCUUGAUGCGCAGCAAGUUGUAGCCGUUCUUUGGCCCGCCUCACUCUUGUGUUCAUGCGAUAUGUUUACACUGAGAUCACAGGCGUCGCUACGGGCAGUGGAGCGGGAGCGCAACUUUCCUAAUCGACUUAACACUGGGACGCUUCCGAAAUCAUUCGGAAAUAUAGUUAGAUUGGUGGGGAAUUUGGAUCUGUACACCCUUUUUCCGCGUUGCAACCCGUUUUGUAUCCCCCAGCCUAGUAAAAAGUCUGACAGCGCCACUGCCUGCGAUCUCUUCUACGGCGCCCCGGCAUACGCGGCGGCCCAGGCCGCUUCAAGCGCGUAGGCGUCGCAGGAAGAGCCUCCCAUUUUCCGACACCGUUAACCUCAGCCCAUGCUCUGGAAAGGCAUAACUAGGAGUUGUUUCUUUUAGUUACGUAAUAUCUUAUUUUAAGUAGUUGCGUUGUUGUGUUUUAGCAGAAAUA